AUGUUUCCCCCAAUUACCGAGCAUUUACAGUACGCCUGCUUCAUCCACAUGGCCGCACUAGGCUGUGGAGCAGUCAAUUCUGAGGCCACGACAUUCGAGUGUAUGGUUCUUGCAUACGCGGACAGCGUCGGAGUGGACUUUCCCUAUCGGUUCCGGACAUACGAGGCUCAUGUACCCCUACAACGGUCCAAGAGCAGAGGGCGUUACACCAGGACCGGAACAUAUGGCGAUGCUGCGGCCUUGCCCAUUUGGCACGAGCCAGAAAUCAUGGGCCCGUUCAUCAGCAUCGGGACAGGCAUUCCACCAAUCGACUUUUUCUCCAAGAAGAAAGGGAACUUCAACAAUGCCGUAACCACCUUCCAAGCAGCGCUGAAGCUUCCUUCAAGGACCGUAGGAGUGCACCGGAAAACGGAACGGCUUUCAAUGCACGACAACAAAGAACGCUUCUCCUACUUUAGAUUUGACGGAGACGAGCGCCUCGGAGAGAUUACUCUGGACGAAUGGAAAGGCCACCGAUUUACCCGACUGACUGGCAAAGACAAGAAUCCAGGAUGCAUGACUUUGGAAAAGAUGUACGUCGCUACCGCCGCCUACCUCGCGGAACCCAAGGUGCAGCAAGAUCUCACGGAGUGUGCGAGGAUCCUGGUACGAAGAAGACAGCUUCGAAUGCGCAACGGCUCUGAGUGGGAUCGCUACGCAUCGUUCUCAUACAAUGAUUGUAAUGUCGAAGGCUGCGCCAGACAGCGUAGCAACAAAGCUCAAGACUUCAGGGAGCAUCUGCGAAAGUUCCACCAGGAUAUCGCCCAUCAUGAGAUGGAGCGAAGGGUUCUGGAAUGCGGCUUCAUCGAAAAGUCGGUCUUUGUCAAUAGUGUACAAGGGUACUCAGCAGCACGUAGACCUUUUCCCGGUCGUAAGACGAGAUGCAGACCGCUAUCCGUACGCCGUGGCCAGGCGCUGCCAAGAUAUGGGGAGUAA